CCGCUCAGUUCAAAGCAGCGCCUCGCCAUCAGACAAGCACACGAGCUCAGAGGAAGAACACACACAUGACCAACCGCAUCUUCUCCGCCAUGGCAGCGAACCAAGCGUACAUGAUCCGAUUCGACGGCCACCUCGACGACCCCUCCCCGAGCUCCGCCGGCGCGGAGCCGCCGGAGGUGUCGCAGCAGCAGCCGCCGCCGCCGUUCGCAGGGAGGGUGAUCUCCCCCGAGCAGGAGCACCAGGUGAUCGUCGCCGCCCUGCUCCACGUCGUCUCCGGGUACACCACGCCGCCGCCGGAGAUCUUCCCUGCCGCGGCGGCGGGCGCGGCAUGCCGGGUAUGCGGGAUGGAGCGGUGCCUCGGCUGCGAGUUCUUCGGGGGGGAGGGCGCCGAGGUGAUCGCGCUGGAUGGCGGCGCGGCGGAGAACAACAAUGCGGCCGUGGCGGCGGGAGGGCAGAGGAGGCGGAGGAAGAAGAAGAACAAGUACCGCGGCGUGCGGCAGCGGCCGUGGGGCAAGUGGGCGGCGGAGAUCCGCGACCCGCGCCGCGCGGUGCGCAAGUGGCUCGGGACGUUCGACACCGCCGAGGAGGCGGCCAAGGCCUACGACCGCGCCGCCAUCGAGUUCCGUGGCCCGCGCGCCAAGCUCAACUUCCCGUUUCCCGAGCAGCUCGCCCACGACGAGGCCAGCAACGGCGACGCCAGCGCCGCCGCCAGGUCGUCGGACAACACGCAGUCGCCGUCGCUCUGCAGCGGGGAUGCCGAGGAGCGGGGGCAGCCGGCGGAGUGGCCGCCGCGGGGCGGGCAGGAAACAGGGGAGCAGCUCUGGGAAGGACUGCAGGACCUGAUGAAGCUGGACGAGGGCGAGCUCUGGUUCCCGCCAACUUCGAGCGCUUGGAAUUGAAUCGUCUGUGAUUAGAUCCCAGCCGUUGAAGUAGUUUGAAAAAUGAACAUCCUAGCCUUUCAACAAUAUGCUUCUUUUGGCUCUCUCUGUUUUUUUUUCCUCAGCUCUGUUGUAACGUAUUUGAUCAUAGCAGAGUUUUGUACAUUAUCAGUAGAGUCCUACCAACUGUAUUCACCGGGCAAUUUUGGGAGUGUACCUUUUCUACUUGAAAAGCAAGGAACACGAGCUGACUACUGACUUGUGAACCAAUUUCUACGCACGGGAUUUGGAUGAAACAUUUUUGGACUGUGCUAUUUCGUGCUUAAGGGUACAUAUAAAAGUACUGAGAUCACUCCCUGCCUAUUUGUGAUUACUAUCAAUUCUCAAUAUGAUCCACGUGCUAAUCUCAAUCAUUGGUUGGCAAAUUAA